AUGGCACUGAUGAAAGUCAAAUUCGACCAGAAGAAGAGGGUCAAAUUAGCCCAGGGGCUCUGGCUUAUGAACUGGCUCUCAGUGCUGACUGGAAUCAUCCUCUUCAGCCUGGGAAUAUUUCUCAAGAUUGAGCUCAAGAAGAGAAGUGAGGUAAUGAACAACUCGGAGAGCCAUUUUGUGCCCAACUCCCUGAUUGGGGUAGGGGUGCUAGCUUGCAUCUUCAAUGCUCUUGGGGGCAAGAUCUGUUAUGAUGCUCUAGACCCUGCAAAAUACUCCAAAUGGAAGCCAUGGUUGAAGCCCUUCUUGAUCAUCUGCGUUCUGUUCAACAUCUUCCUCUUCUUGGUUUCUCUUUUUUGCUUCCUGAUGAGGGGCUCCCUGGAGAAUACCCUGGCCCAUGGGCUCAAGAAUGGCAUGAAGUAUUAUAGGGACACGGACACUCCAGGUCGGUGCUUCAUGAAGAAGACUAUUGACAUGUUGCAGAUUGAGUUCAGGUGCUGUGGAAACAAUGGCUUCCGGGACUGGUUUGAAGUCCAAUGGAUCAGCAACAGAUACCUGGACUUUGCCUCCAAAGAAGUUAAAGAUCGUAUCAAGAGCAACGUAGAUGGACGCUACUUGGUGGAUGGUGUCCCCUUCAGCUGCUGCAACCCGAAUUCUCCAAGGCCCUGCAUACAGACCCAGCUCACCAACAACUCUGCCCACUACAGCUAUGACUAUCAGACUGAAGAACUCAACUUGUGGAUCCGGGGCUGCCGGGAGGCACUGCUCCAUUACUACAGCAGUAUGAUGAACACCAUGGGUGCCAUCGUCCUUCUUGUCUGGCUUUUUGAGGUGACUAUUACAGUUGGACUACGCUACCUACACACAGCCCUGGAAAGUGUGACCAAUCCUGAGGACCCUGAGUGCGAGAGUGAAGGCUGGCUGCUAGAGAAGAGUGUGUUGGAGACCUGGAAAUCCAUCCUGGAGAGUUUGAAAAAACUUGGCAAAGGCAGCCAGGUGGAGGCUGCAUCUGAUGAAGGUGGCCAGGCCCCACCAGCCAGCUGAGGUGUCUCUAGGGAGCCCUUGCCAGGGACACCCCCACUGGACAAUGACACACAGGGAAGUGGUGGGACUGAGAGGGGCAGUGGAAACUCUGCUCCCCUAAUCUAAUGUACAUUCAUGACCCCCCCAGUGGAGAAUGACCAUCUUGAAAAAAUAACCCUUUCUCAGUGGGUGGGUGGAUGGGUCAAACAGGAGGGUUGCUAAUCCUGGCUACAUUUGAAAAGGGGCCUCCCUCCAGCUCACUCUUCCUGGAGAAUCCUUCACCAUACCCUUCAAAGGCUUUCUCCCUUCUUUUUGUGGGCCCCAACCCACGAAAGGGGCUGCUUUACCAAAAGGGCAAUAGCUAUAUCCCCAAUUCUUCUUGCUCCCCUAGUACAUAAAUGUGAUCCUAACAUCUCAGGGACGGCUGCCUGCCCAUAUACAUGCUCUCCUCUCCCCUUUCCUCACCCUAUUCAGCGCUUCUCUCAUUUUUUUUUAUCACUUCCCUUGCAUCCUCUUUGGGCAGGUGUCACCUAAAUACUUCAGGAAUUAGACACCUUGUCUGGGGCUCUACUCUGUGCGAGCUGGAGAGGAUGCUGAGGGUCCCCUCGCUAACUGCAGGUCUGCUUCAUUUCCAAGACUGUG